CCGCCGCCGCCGCCGCCGCCUCCGCCGCCUUGCAGCCAAAAACCUAAUCGGCGUCACUCCAUCUCCCACAAACUUGGUUGCAACACGUUAUCACGCAUUGCACACACCAAAAUACACACACUCGAGCUCUUGUACAAACUCCAGCAUUCCACUCGACACGGUUUAACCGCGCGUUCUCUCGGUUAGGGAUCGCAUCCCCAGUGACAGGCUCCAACGAGCUAAGAAUCAAGUCGGGGCCUAUUAGAACAUUGUGGUGACGACGCACGACGCACCCGCCCACUACCAAGGAGCACCAGUUCCUCCCAAAAGCAGAUCGAGUUGCUUCCAUCCACACUCGGCCAAAUCUUUCAACUUCAACAAAUCUCCAUCACAUGUCGUCGGUUGUUUUGAGGCAGCAGCCGGUGUCCCAGGUCAGCCCAUCUUCUCGCGACCACGCCGACAUGACUUCCGAACACGACCGUGCUACCGGCAGCCACACCCCACGACGCACGCAGCCAGCCCAACCUGCCCGUCAACCAACUCCGCCCACGUCGAACCGCCGGCGUUCAAACGAGGAUGGCAGCCCCGCCGACCGACCGACAGCUCCCAAGGCGUCUCCAAAAGGCUCAAAAGCGAGCCCAUCAGAAGACCCGAGCAAGACGGGCACCCGCCCAGGCUCGUCGGGUGCGAGCUCGGCUUCGGGCGCUGGAGCUCCUUCUGAUCCGGCCAAGCCCAAGCCCAAGGGUGGCACGGAGAAGUGGGUCGAGAGCGUCGACUACGCAUACGAGUAUGUGCCCGUUUCACAGAAGCGUGAAGGGCGGAAAGACAUAAACUACGAACUUAUCAUCCGUCAACAGCCAAUGCAGGCACGAAUGUGUGGUGUUGGCGAAAAGUCCGACCGCCGUCCCGUGGACCCCACCCCGAUUAUCCAGCUCAAGGUGACGGCCGACGGAGAGGACGUCACCCCUGUCGACCCCCGCAUCCGGGACACGAUCGACGCCAAGAGCGCACUGCGGAGGCAGAGUCCUGGCGGCAACGGCAUGCUGUUCAUGCAGAACCCUUACUACUUCCUCUUUGCUUGUCUUGUUGGUGGUGACGACCAGGACUCUGAGCUCCACGUGAUCGAUGAUGGGAGAACCCGGUUCCUUACUGGAACGCCAGUGUCGUCACUGUACCACCUCAAGGACAUUGACAACAAGGACGCCGCAUUCUUCGUGUUCCCUGACCUCGGAGUCCGCAAAGAGGGCCGCUACAAGCUGAAGAUGACCCUGUUUGAGAUUGUCGAGCAGGAAGUGUACUAUUGCACUACUGUUCACACCGACACCUUUUCCGUCUACUCUGCUAAAAAGUUCCCUGGCAUGUCCAAGGCGACUGAGCUGUCGAGGGCGUUUGCUGAGCAGGGCUUGAAAAUUCGCGUUCGCAAGGACCCCAGGCCUGCUGGCCGGAACAAGCCCAAGCGCAAGAGCAGUGGUUUGUCUGACGAUGAAGACCCGUACGCAAAGCGUACCCGGCACGCAUUGUCCCACCCUGGUGCGGGGUACCCAUUGGAGUCGCGCCCGUACCCUGGCGACGUGCACUACGCCAGCUACCCUCCUGCCAAUGUCUACGGCGGCUAUCCUCAAUAUUCCCAGAUGCCUCCGCCGCCCCCUCCGCCGGCGUUUGAAGGAUAUCGACCAGGGUCAUCGGGUGGACCCCCUGGCCACCCUUCCCAAGGCCCACCAUCGCAUGGCUACCCCCCGCAGCAGGGGCAGCCCUUUUACGCCAGUACGCCCCCACCUCCGCCGCAGGGGGCGGCGUAUGGUCAUCCACGAGACCCCCGAGACCCUCGCGACCCUCGUGAUCCCCGGGAUCCUCGAGACCCUCGUGGAGGCCGACACUCGAUUCCCCCAGGCAACUAUCCCCCGGAGACGUACCACCAUGGCUACCCUCCUCAGCCUCCUCCUCCUGGCGCGGCGCAGUAUGACCCUCGCUGGGCUGACCGCGACCCACGAGACCUCCGCGACCCCCGCGACCUGCGUGAUCCUCGUGACCCGCGUGAGGUUCACGACCCCCGCUACAUGCGCGACCCCCGCGACAUUCCUCGCGACAUGAGGGACCCCCGAGACCUGCACCCUCGCGAUGUUCGUCUCGACCCUCGUGAUAUUCGCGACCCUCGAGAUAUUCGAGACCCUCGUGACAUUCGCGACCCCCGCGACAUGCGCGACCCCAGAGACUUGCGCGACCCGCGAGACCUGCGCGACCCUCGCGACAUUCGCGACCCACGAGACAUUCGCGACCCUCGCGAUGUUCGUGACCCGAGAGACCCAAUGAUGGCCAUUCCACGUGAUAUUCCACCUGGUUAUGGAUCGUCCCCCAGGAGCGCCGGCGGCGCCCCCCUCCCCCACCCUCUCCACCACGGCGAUCGCCACCGUCCGUCUACGGCGCCACGCGAGCACCACCGUGCUCCGUCGCAGCCGCCGGCGGUUAGGCUUCCGCCGCUGUCGUCGCGUGCCGACGGUCCUCCAGCUCUUGGAGGCUACCCUCGUGACCCGCGCGACCACCGUGACCCCCGUGACUAUGAAGGGUCGCGCCCGGGUUCUAGCUGGAGCGAGGACGCGCGUUCGCGCAGCCACCGCUCGAGCGAGCGCCCCAUGUCGCCCGACGCGGGCGCCAAGCCCACUGGCCGUAUGGGCCUUGGGCACCUUGUUGACUGAGUGUGGCUGGGAAGAAUUUUUUAUCAAGCCAAGAUAGAAGUGGUUGGUUGGCGGCGAGUCUUGACAGUUGUACCCCGCAUCGUUUGUGUUCAUAAUCAUCGUAUCUAGCGAGUUUAGUAGAGAAAGGUAUGGAUAUGGGUGCGUAGG